GUCAGCUCGUACAUUUCCUGAAGAAGCGGAAGACAACAGUGGAAAUCUACAGCACAUAUGCAUUUUUUAAACCACUAAUAUACAAUCAAACAUUACUAUUUCGUCCUUAUGUCAGCUAGGGAUAUCGACAUGUUUUCCUUCCAUGUGUUCGACCACCCGAUGUCUCGGGGUUUCCAGAACCGCUUCUCCACUCAGUACCGAUGCUACUCGGUGUCCAUGCUGGCUGGUCCCAAUGACCGCUCCGACGUGGAGAAAGGAGGCAAAAUAAUUAUGCCUCCUUCAGCUCUGGACCAGCUCAGCAGACUUAACAUCACCUAUCCGAUGCUGUUCAAGCUGACCAACAAGAACUCAGACAGAAUGACGCACUGCGGUGUCCUGGAGUUUGUGGCAGACGAGGGAAUCUGCUACCUGCCACACUGGAUGAUGCAGAAUCUGCUGCUGGAGGAAGGUGGUCUGGUCCAAGUGGAAAGUGUUAACCUUAUGGUGGCCACUUACUCAAAGUUCCAGCCACAGAGCCCCGACUUCCUGGACAUCACAAACCCCAAAGCAGUGCUGGAGAACGCUUUGAGAAACUUUGCUUGCUUGACGACUGGUGAUGUCAUCGCGAUCAACUACAAUGAAAAGAUCUAUGAGCUGAGAGUAAUGGAGACCAAGCCAGAUAAAGCAGUAUCCAUCAUUGAGUGUGAUAUGAACGUGGAUUUUGAUGCUCCACUGGGCUACAAGGAGCCUGAAAGACGACCUCAGUACCAGGAAGAACCAACAGAGGAAGAACCAGAUCCUAGCAGUUACGCUGAUAUGGACACAGGAUUCAGAGCUUUCACUGGCUCUGGCAACCGUUUGGAUGGUAAACUGAAAGGGAUCGAGCCCAGCCCCGCUCCUAUCGCCCUGAGCGACAUCAAAAGAGGCAUUCCAAACUAUGAAUUCAAAAUGGGCAGGAUCACAUUCAUCAGAAACUCAAAGCCUCAGCCCAGGAAAUUUAUCGAUGAUGAUGAUGCCCUGAACAGAUUCAUCGCCUUCUCUGGAGAAGGACAGUCGCUACGCAAGAAGGGCAGAAAGCCUUGAAGAAUCCCAAAUGGAGGGACCAACUUGCGUGCACAGACCCACCAUAUCUGUCAUCACCUACAACAGCAAAGUAAACUGCCCAUCAGAUGCAUAGGGCUUCUGUGUCUUUGUCCCUUUUGAAUUUGCAGUUGUGCUGUUGAGGUGAGAUUAGAUUUUAUUAAAGCUCUGGCAGCAGAAACUGAGCUCAGUAAGAUGCUGUCAGUUGUAAUUUGGUAUUCACAAGUCCAAGCUGACCGGUGUGUAUACAAUGCAUCACUACAGUUCAUCACCAAGAUGUGAAGAAUUGUUGUUUUGAUAUCAGAUUUGAAACGUUGUUCACUUAGAGAAGUGUUGCAUCUUUACAAUCCCCUCCAAAUAUUCUGUUACCCUGAGUCCCAUUGUAAUGAUAAAAUGGGAGCAAUAAUAGCUCUAUACUUAAGUUUCUAUUAAUAAUGAAAAUAAUUUUGUGGUUGAAGGUUUUUUUUCUGAGUUAUAGGAAAAUGCAAGUUUUUUCCCUUUGGUUUAUUUAUAGACAAAUAAAGGACUGUGUUUUGAAAUGUAAA